AUGGCGACUCCAGCUCAGCCUUCUCAUCAGAAGCCCAGGUCUACUGCUGCCAAGUGUGGUGCAGUUGAGGACUUUGGAAUCCCCGCAGACGAGGAGGACUGGGAGCAGCUUGUGAGAACGGGACAUCUCCAAUCAACGACGAUCAGCACACUCGCUGCAGAUCUGUUGGGUUCUGGGUCCGAGGCAUCUAACAAACAAUACCUUAUGCUCCAUACAGCGUCUCCAGGAGUGAGGCUACCCGAACUCCUAUUUGAGCACCAUGCCCGCUAUGGUAUUGCAAAUGAGAUGGCACAAGGGUCGCAGGCUAUUCUCGAAGCCUCAGAGGAAUUUAGUCAUUUUCUGGAGAUCAUUGAGACUGGUCAGUCCAUGGAUAACGUCAGAGAGGGCAAAGCUCUGUGGCCAGGCUCGUUUGCAGUUCCACGGCUUCUUCAGCAGCAAACUGUUACUGUCGAUGGUGUGCCAGACUACGUUCGUGUAGCACAAUUCGAGAAUAAGGCUUCGAUGACCGCGGGACCCAGAUCUGACAGUCGUCUCCACUUGCUCCCGGAUGCAGAGGACGAGAUUGUACCUAAUGCUGCAGCCAUUACACUGUUCUCUCAGCUGAUACACAUGAUUCCAUGUGACCUGGAGUGGGUGAUGAACCGAGCUCAUUUCACAGCCAGGUUCGGACAAGGCAGUUUCAGUGCCCAGACAGACGGAAGUCUGAGGCACAAGGACCCAUCCAAAAAAUUGACAUUUGCGAUUCUGGAAGUCAAGAGUCGGCUGCGCAAGAAACGACCUAGUUCCAUUCUUAUACAAGAAGCUUGUGAAGUUGUCGGGUGGUUGAUGGAUCAGUCUCCGGGCAGGGCAGUUUUCGACCAACAGUAA